AUGACGAGCGGCCGGAUGAGCGACACCCGUUCACUGAUAGGGGGAUACUGCGCCUGCGCGGCCUCGCUCUGGUGGCCAUGGGCGGAAGUGGCUGGUGUGGGCGGUUGCCAUGGAAGCGCGCGGCUGGUGAGGCGGGCGCUGUUCGCAGGCCCAUCCCGGCCCUGUGGCUCUGAGUCCUUUGCUCCGGCGAGGCGGUCUGGGCCUGGGCUGGGUCUUGCCGAGUGUCGGGCCGGCUGCCCGCGGUGCGCCCGUGUGUCUGCGCGCCCCGUCGGGUGCCUAGUCGGGCCCGGCCUGAGGUCGGCGUUCUGUCAGAGAUGUGUAGCACAACCUUUAUGUCCAGCCUGGGCCGCUGUGGAGUCCGGCCUGUUUGUGUGUGGUGCUUCUUGUUACCCAGCUAACAAAAAACACUGCCUUGCAGUUUCAUCCCAUGGACAUGAGAAGAGGACAUGUGUACUGUGGUGGAUCCUGGGCUGCCAGGGUGCUAAUGCCCUUGAUGUACAGCUGCUGAAGGGCUGCCUGGCAGGCCAGGCACAACAGAUGUCAAUAGAAUCCUAUUUUUACCUUAGUGGUGAAAGGGAAUGGAUGAACAGAGGGUGCCUUACAGUGAGCACUUCCUGUAUAGCUGUAUGGGCAGUUUGGGAAGGAGAUACAGGCAAAGAAGAAUGAGAAAGAAGGAGAAGGAGGAUGGGAGAAUAUCUGAUUUUACAAAAUGAGGUUUGUAGAGAUAAGCUGAAGGACUGGACUAUCUGGACUUGGGUCUCUGCCCAGUGGAGGCCAGCCUAGUUUAGCGGCAGUGUUGACUUUACUGUGCCAUGAUCCAACACGACUGAGAUACAGCAGCUAAACUACCAAUAGCAGAAAUAACCAAGGAGCUGCACGUCAGGGUAGCACAUGGACUAGUGGAGAUUGGUGAAAUAAAGGUAUUUCUGCAUUCAGCUGGGUCUGUUACCCUUGAGAGUGGUGUUACAGGUGAGCAGAGUUUGUGGGGUGGACAAGAAUGCUAAACCAUGAGAGCUGCAGUUACAGGGUUAGCCAGACUCCUGGUGUGCUAGUUUGGACACUUUCUUUUCAUACUUGACUGUUAUGCUUUCCAGGACAAGUUUUGGUCCAGAAACACUUUAGCAGCUUUUGUCUGACACAUGAUCUCUGCAUAUCUCCAUGUACCACACUACUGCAAGCAGAAAUACUGGGGAAUAUGGUGCACAAGCAUCUG